UGAAAGUACAUUUUAACAUUUUUUGGGAAAACCCAAGAAAAUUAAAAUGUGGAGUAUUUCCGACAAGGCGUUCAUGUAUCUUAAUGGACUUGAUAUUAAAGAAUACGGUAAUUUAAGCGAGUAUGCGUACAAGACUGUUGUUAGAAAGGAGGCAAAAGCACGAGGGUUCCACAAGAAACAACGCUGGAACAAGAGCUUGCUGGUUGGUGAGAAAUGCGGAUUUAACACUAUAAUAUGCGAACUGAAAGGCCACAUAAUGCUGAAAGAAGAGUUAGAAGAUCCGAAAGACGGCACGGUGUAUUUCGAUCCUAAAUUGGACAUCGCAGUUGCUUUCGAUCAGCAGAGCGAAAUAAAUUUGGCAAAAAGGAAGUGCAGAAAUAACGUAAAGAUCAGAAUAGCGAAGAACAAAGAGAUCAAUUUCAAGAAAAGCUUGGAUGGUUUUGCACGAAUGGGAAAUUACAAGGUACUUCUGGUUGCCACACAGAACAUUUCCAAGGAUGAUGAGGUAUUUUUAUCGCCCAUGGACUUCAAACGAUACAACGGAGAAAAAGACGCGUGCUCAUGCACCAAAGAAGAGUAUUGUUUAUACUCAAUGGCAAAAUAAUUGCCGAUUGCGGUGCUGUGCCCACC